UUCAUUUUGACAUAUCUUUUGAUCAAUCCUCAGACUAUAUUUAAAUUUCAAGUUUACCGAAAUUAAAAGUAGCAAAAACCUACAAUGGCAUAAGCUGAGAAAUUGAUUAUACACAAACAAUGAGACACAGGAUUCCAUAAACUGAUAAAUAUACCAUACACAAUAAAAUGCUAUCUGAAAUCACUAUCAGCACAUUCUGUUAAAAUUAAUCAGAAAUAAAAAAUACAGAACGUCGCAUUUGAACUCCUGGAGCAAUAAAAAAACAACCAAAAUGUCGACUAUGUGCGAAUAUCCUCUCAAACGAACUCAAAACUAUCCUUCACUAAUUAAUAAUAAAAUGAGGUACUACAUCAUAGAAGAACCCGACAUCCAUUAUGAAAGUAUAGAUGAAGAAGACGAAAAUUACGAUGACUCAGCACAAAAUGUAAUACUAAAUGAGAUAGAAGAAGAACCGGAUGCAUACGAAAAUAGCCCUUGUUACUCAGAAAGUAUUGUGGAAUCGUAUCCUAUUUACGACGAAAACGAUCGACAACGGUCAGAGAAAAUCGUUGUUAUACCUCGGAAAUUGUUAGUUCCAAUUAGAAACCAACGUUUUUUCAGCAAAGGUAAUUUCUCAUUGGAUAAAAAGAUGCUACUUUUAUCAGGGCCAUGUCAUAUGAACUGGAAUGACUACCAUCGGCUGAGCGUUAUACAUGCUUUCAUGGAUAAUUUGGAACAAGAUUUUCCUUCUGUAUGUACCACUGUAACGAUUGGUCACUCGCUUGAAGGUAGAGAACUCAAGGUUUUAAAAAUAUCAAACAGUGACGCUAGUAAUGCGUCGGUAUGGUUGGAUGCCGGCAUCCAUGCGCGUGAGUGGAUCGCGCCAGCAGUUGCCACAUAUAUCGCUGAUCACUUGGCGAGGAACUUCAACAACCUCCCUCAAAGCGUCACCAAUAAGGAUUGGUAUUUUCUUCCUGUAUUCAAUCCAGACGGAUAUGAAUACUCCCACACCAAAGAGCGCAUGUGGCGUAAGAACAGAGCGUGGCACGGCGGACAAUGUGUGGGCGUUGAUCUUAACAGAAACUUCAGUUAUGGCUGGGGAGGUAAAGGUUCCUCUGAUAUACCCACCAACGCGUUUUACAGAGGGCCCGAACCGUUUUCCGAACCGGAGUCCUGUGCAGUACGGGAUGUUCUUCUUAAUUCUGGAAUACGCUUCAAAAUAUACAUCACUCUACAUAGUUACGGACAAGUAAUCAUAUUUCCAUUUGCAUUUAGGGACGAACUGUGUCCUGAUUAUGUUCGUUUGCUUGAAGGAGCCACUGCUAUGUCAAAGGCUAUCUACGAGACUACCGGCAAUACAUAUAAAGUGGGGAUUUCGAGAGACGUAAUGUAUGGCGCAGCAGGAACCAGUAACGAUUGGAGUUACGGUGCGGCCGAAAUCCCUUACUGCUACCUCAUAGAAUUGCGAAGUAAACAACACAAAUUCAAGCUACCGAGACAAGAGAUUGAGGAAACGGGCAAAGAGAUUUUGAGCUGCGUCAAGACUUUGAUGGAAUUUGUGGACAAUUACACUGAAAGUAAGAUUGGUGAAGAAAAAUCUGAAGAAGAAAUAACUAUUAGUGUAUGUAUCACUUUAUUCAAAGUGGCACCUCCUAGACGAUCUACGCAAGUAUGGGAAGUGAAAUUAACUAGAGAAGGACAAAGAUAUUUCGUAAAAACUCUGGAUACUGUAGGAGCCAUAAACAUUUGGAAAGAAGAACGAAGUACGAUGGACAUUAUGGUAGAAGGUCCACGAACGGCGCAAGUGGCUGGGAUGCUGCACGAGCGAGAGAUUCCUUAUGCCGUCGCGAUCGGUGACGUCAGUCUCAUGCUUGAAAGGGAACAGGGUGCUAUCAUGACAAAGAGCAUCAGACGGAAUUCUGCUAGUUUUCGUCGUAACAUGGACUGGAAGAACUACCACCGUUUGGACGUGAUUUACGCAUUCCUGGACAAGUUGGCCAGCGAGUACCCUUACUUGUGCACGGUGAUCGUGAUCGGCAAGUCUGUUGAGGGACGCGAUAUUAAGUUGCUCAAGAUAUCAAAUGGGAACAACGACAAUCUAGGAGUCUGGUUGGAUGGUUCGAUCCACCCUCGCGAAUGGAUCAGCACAGCGGUGGUGACGUAUAUAGCCGACAGGAUAGUGAGGACCUUCCAUGAGCAGCCCGAUAGCGUUACUAAUAAAGACUGGUACGUACUGCCUGUGUUGAACCCAGACGGGUAUGAGUACACGCACACAUACGACCGCAUGUGGAGAAAGAACCGAGCGCGUUACGGAGAAUGUAUCGGUGUUGAUCUCAACAGGAAUUUUAGUUACGGAUGGGGAGAAAAGGGGGAAGAAGGAUCUUCUGAAGAUCCAGGCAACAUAUUCUACAGGGGACCCAAAGCUUUCUCCGAACCAGAAACGGCUGCAGUCAAACGCACCAUUUCGGAGUCUUCGACGAACUUCAAAGUAUUCCUAUCCUUCCACAGCUACGGUGAGGUGAUAAUAUUUCCAUGGGGCUACACGGACGAUCCUUGUCCUGACUAUGUCGAGUUAUUAGAAGGAGGAACAGCCAUGGCCAAGGCAAUCCAUAGCACAAAUGGGCACACGUACAAAGUAGGCAGCACCAAAGACCUGAUGUACUACGCGUGCGGCAACAGCGUGGACUGGAGCUACGCAGUCGCCAACAUACCUUACUCAUACAUGGUGGAACUGAGAGGGAAAAAGCACAGGUUCCUCCUUCCAAAGGACGAGAUCGUCUCCACAGCGAUGGAAGUCAUGAGCGGCGUCCUGAGACUCAUGGACUUUGUCGACAGAAGAUGUACAGGCACCCAGUCAUGUGUUUGUCCCAAAUAAAUUGUAUAGUCAUAACAAUUAAGAAUAACGAAGUCAUAUAAAUAAACUAUAAUUUACAAUUUUAAUUA